AUGACUACCCCAAACAAGACACCACCUGGUGCUGAUCCAAAGCAGUUAGAAAGGACUGGUACUGUUAGAGAAAUAGGCUCACAAGCAGUUUGGUCUCUUUCAUCCUGUAAGCCAGGAUUUGGAGUGGAUCAGUUACGAGAUGAUAAUCUAGAAACUUACUGGCAGUCAGAUGGAUCACAGCCUCAUUUGGUGAACAUCCAAUUUAGAAGAAAAACAACAGUGAAGACGUUAUGCAUUUAUGCGGACUACAAAUCUGAUGAAAGUUACACUCCAAGCAAAAUCUCUGUCAGAGUAGGAAAUAAUUUUCAUAAUCUCCAGGAAAUCCGGCAACUUGAAUUAGUGGAACCAAGUGGCUGGAUUCAUGUUCCUUUAACAGAUACUCAUAAGAAGCCUAUUCGCACGUUUAUGAUUCAGAUUGCUGUUCUUGCUAAUCACCAAAAUGGAAGAGACACUCACAUGAGACAAAUCAAAGUGUACACCCCAGUGGAAGAGAGCUCUAUUGGUAAAUUUCCAAGAUGUACAACAAUUGAUUUCAUGAUGUAUCGCUCCAUAAGAUGA